AUGCAUGAGAUUGAUCACGACGCACUUACUUUAUCUCACAAUGAACUUCUGGAAAUAACUCAAUCUUCUCUUUGCACCCUUUUAAAUUAUGACUCCUUACUUAAUGAUUUACCUUCUGAUAUAAUUGUUGAAGAAAUCUACUCGCAGGUUGCCGUAGAACAUGGUAAAGCUAUAACAAUAUUCAUAUCAAGGGAAGAUGAACCUGAAUUAAAAGUAAUAGUUCCACAAAAGGCGACAGUUGCAGAUCUUAAGAAAGCAAUAGCUAGACAUUUUGAAAUACAUCAGAAGAGGACAGGAAGUAAAGUGAAGAUAUCAUGGAAAUAUAUUUGGAAGACCUAUAACUUGAGCUUUGAUGGAAUAAUAUUGGACAAUAAUUCAAGUCCUAUUGAUGAUUAUGGUAUAACUAACAAAGUAAGAUUAUGUUUUAAAAAAAGAAGGAAUAAGAAUAAG